AUGCUGAUCAAAGGCUGCCGGGAGGUGGCCGACGAUGGAUUCUUAGAGGCUCCAAUCUACAACAACACCCAGAUUGAGGGCGCCUGGCUCUUCCUCUUCGAGGUGAGGCGAAGGCACCUGACCAAGCGAAAGCAGCUUCAGGAAUGCAUCCGGACAUUGGGCGCCUCCUACAACUGGUCCAUGGCCCUGUUUGGCUCUCGGAAAGUGCAGGAUGCUUUACGCGCUCUGCCUGGCUGCCUCGGAGCAUUGAGCAUACUUUCGCCUAAUUUCGUUCAUUCGCAGUUUCAAAGGGGCAAGCCGGACUUGUUCCAAGGUGACGCGCGCACGGAGAUCUUGGAGGACGCGGGUGCCCUCGAUCUACUUUCACAGCUCCAGCCGCGCUGCAUUCCGGGUGAGCCGGAUCCGGAUGAGACACCUCCAGCCCAGCCAGCUGGCCAGGCAGGGUGGCCUGCGCCAGGGUGGCCACAAGCUGCGCAGGCUUGGCCUCCACAGCCCAAUUUGGGUGAGCCAGGCCCAAGUGACUGGGCCCGGCCGAGCGCCCCAAGCGCCUCAAGCGCACAGGGAUCAGGCAAGAACAAUCCCUUCAAGAAACCUGGCCCCUCCGGAGCUGAUUGGGCAACCUUGCCAGUGGAAGCUCGUGUUGCGGACGCCCCGUAUCCUGCCCCAACGUCCGGCUUUCCUGACGCAGGCGCUUUUCCGGCUUUUCCAGGUCCAGCGCAGCCGGCUGCACCCCGCCCAACCUCCGCCUCCAAUCCUUUUCGCAAGGACAAAGAUGGCUGGCCGGCAGUGUCGGGAAGUGACCUAGAUGCCUUCCAAUCUGUUCGACCUAUGGCAAAGGAGCCAGCUGCACGACCACCUUUCCAGGAAGAUUCGGGAAGAUGGCAAGCGGAUGCUCCAGUGCCGCUGGCCCCACAGGACCUGAUGGCAGGCGCCAAGUUCGCCAAGGAGUCGGGCGUAAGCGCACAGGACAUGAUGGCGGGUGCCCAAAUGGCGCAGAAAUCAGGUGUCACACCGCAGCAUGCGCUGGACGGUGCACGGAUGGCGCAUCAGGCCGGUGUCAGGCCGCAACACGUCGUGCAAGGCGCGCAGAUGGCACAUCAGGCAGGCUUGCGUCCUCAUCAUGUUGUCGAUGGAGCCAAAUUUGCGCAUCAAGCCGGAGUGACGCCCGACAAAGUCCUCGCAAUGGGAAAGGCUUUUUCUGAAGCUUGGCACAUGGCCAAAGAACGGCAGAUUCUCCCAGACGCUGCGAAGACUGCAGAUGUUGAUGCUGCAGAAGAGGGCCGAGACAUUAUCGGCCUGGCGGAGACCGGCAGUGGUAAGACCGGUGCCUUCGCGCUGCCCAUUGUACAGGCUGUGCGACUUCUGGACGAUCCUCAGCGCUUCUACGCAGUGUGCCUGGCACCGACGCGCGAGCUGUGCGUCCGCAUCUCGGUCCAGAUUGGUGAGCAGUUCGAGGCUAUUGGCAGCACCAUUAAGCUGCAGACUGCCACAGUGGUGGGUGGGCUUGCCAUGGUGGACCAGGCGAUGGCGCUAGCCAAGCGUCCGCAUGUCGUCAUUGCGACGCCUGGGCGCCUGGUGGACCACUUGGAGAACACCAAGGGCUUUCACCUCAAGACCAUCAAGUAUUUGGUCAUGGACGAGGCGGAUCGCCUGCUGUCCAUGGACUUCGAUGAAGCCUUGGACAAGAUCCUGGAGGUGGUAGUCAUGGCGAUAUCAGCUCCCAUACGCUAUCGCACACUGAUAGUUCCGCGCCGGGCCCUGGCGAGCGUCUGGGAGGUGCCUGCGCUGCUCAAGCAGUUCUCUGUGGAGGCGCCCCCGCCACCCGGUCGUAGCUUCCAAGCCCUGGGGCCUGUGGGCCUUCAGAGUUUGGAGCUGUCCCGGGAGGUGCUGGAGGAUCUGUUUGAGGAUGUUCUCUGUGGCGGCCAUUCCGCAGACGUGCAGCACCUUCACGAUCUCGGCUUCGUGUCCUGCGUCGACCAUCCGUCGUGCCCCGGUCAUCAGUACUUGGAAGGAUACUUCCACACCCUCCCGUCUGACAAGCCAGUCCGCUCACUGAAUCCACGGUGCGGUGGAGAUAUGCUGAAGCCUGCGGCAUCUCUGCGACUGCGUGCAUUUGCAGAAGGAGUGCGGCGGGCCAACGCUGAGUCCCUUGAGAGGAUGGCUGCUGAUUGCCCGCAUGGCUCUCUGCUGCGACGCCUGCUGCAGCACGGCUACGCCUUUGCGGAUCUUGCUGUGCAGAUCCAUUGGGGUGAUGCAGUGGGCUCGGAAGAGGUCGCCUGGCACGUUGAUGCUCCCAACUCGGCGCUGCACAUGGCCGUUUCCAUCCACGGUUGCAGGACUCUGAAGAUGAAGCUAAGACAGCCUUUCGAGCUAGAGCCCAAGAUGCAGGAGGAGUUGCAACGACCAGGGGAUGUGUAUGUGGGGAACCCGGCAGCUUUCGAGCAUGGCCUUGAAUAUCCUGCCGCAACCUGGGAGACGCGGACUGUUGCCCUCCAACUGCGCCUGCUCUUCUGCGAGGCUGACAUGCGCGACCCAGAAGUUCAUCAGGGCCUGGCUGCGCUUGCCCGGGGCAUUGCGGAGUUGCCUCUGCGGCUGCCAAACCUUCAGGAGCUUCGCUGCUCGACGGCAUGGGCGAAGAUGGCAAAGAAGCUUUUUAGAUCUUCGCCAGUGGUGCAUAUGGUGAAGUUGCGAAGUGGUGAGAAUCUGCCAUGGGGUUUCAUUUGGCUUGCAAGCACAGGUGGGGGUCUGUCCCGCGCUUUUGCCGCUGUGGACGAUGCGCACCGCAAGAAACUCUUCAUCAGGCGCGUGCCGGAUGGAUUUGAUGAUGCCAUCACCUUCAGCAUGGGCAACCUGGAAGAGGAACUUGCCCAGCGCGCGGCAGCUGCCCUGGAUGCAAAGGUCAUCGAGCAGCUGUCUACAGGCGACUUCGGCGGCCUCGUCUGCCUGGAAAACUUUUUGGGGCCCAGGCUCAGCGACCAGCUCCAUUUGGAGGCCAAGUCGUUGCGACGGAUAUUGCAGCCUUCGACUUACUGGAACAAGUGGCAAGUGGGUCGAGAAGAUUCUUACCGAUUGAUCGACCGGGGUAACUGUGAGCUUCACGGCUUCCGGGGCAUGGCGACUGGCAUUGACCUGCUGGUGGCUCUUUGCUCCCGCCUUGCUGAGAUCUGUCCGAUCGACGGCCGGCGGGUUGGCCCCACUCCCCAUGCGCAGCUCGCAUGCUUUGCGGAAGGCUCGGCCGGUUACGCCGCGCACACAGAUGGUUCGUCCAUGGCAGAGCUCGAUGUGGACAUGCCCAUGGACCAGAAGCAGAUGAUCGCCUCAAGGCGAUUCACUGCCAUUCUAUACCUGAAUGAGAGGGAGUGGCAGGAGUCCUAUGCUGGGGCUUUCCGGGCCUACCGCUCCAAAGACAUGGGCGGGGGCGAGUCUGGAUUCGUGGAUGCUGCAGCCCUGGCGGAGAUGUCAUACCAUCAUCAGCCUCUUUCCGACCUGCAUGGUGCCGCGAGCUCUAAGGUCCUACCGCAUGGCGGUUCCCUGGUAAUUUUCCGCUGCCGAGAUCUGGCGCACCAAGUCCUGGCGUCCCAGCAUGACCGUUACGCCUUAACCAUGUGGUUUACGGCACCGGUGAAUCUUACUGAUGCCCGGCCGAGCGCAACGGGCCUUACAACCCGGGCGGCUGGUAACUCCGUGGCCGAGGUGGCCAAAGAUGGGCAGAUCUUCGUUUCCAUAGCCGCUUAUGCGGAUCCGGAGCUGCCAGCGACUAUGCAGUCUUUGAUUGCUGCAGCUUCGCGACCUGAACUGAUUCGUUUUGGCAUUGUUUGGCAGGGGCCGGGCACUGGCUUGGAGGCCCAGGACGUGGAAGAGCUUGGCAAGCUCUGGAACUUGGAAAGCUACCAGGGGGAGCAGGUAGUUGAACAGUUGCAACUGCCGGAUGAUAACAGCUUGCCCGUUUGGGAGAUGAUGGACGGCCGCAUCCGAGCUUUGCGCAUGGCCCCGGAGGAUGCUCGGGGGCCCUGCUGGGCCCGAUACCUCGCACAGCUACUGUGGAGCGGUGAGGAGUUGUACUUGCAGCUGGAUAGCCACAUGCGCUUUGUACCAGGCUGGGAUGACAAAGCGCGGCAGGAACUUGCAGCUUGCAGUGCCCAUUCCGAGAAGCCAGUGCUGUGCACCUAUGGACCUGGCUAUUCCUUGGGUACGCCGUACUCUGAGAUUCCCAGGGGCGACGUGCCGGCCAGCAUGAACUGCGCCAACACCUUCGACUCCGACGGAAUCCUGCUGAUCGAGGCGCGGGGGCUCAAGGCGCCGCUGCCGGAGCCUACGAAGCAUUACUUCUGGGGCGCGCAGUUCUCCUUCUCCUCCUCAGAGAUUCUGUGCGAGGUGCCCUACGAUCCGCAGAUGCAGAUGCUAUUCUUUGGCGAAGAGAUCCUGACGGCAGUGCGCCUCUACACUCACGGCUGGGACGUGUAUGCUCCCAAGGAGAAUCUCUUCUUCCACUUGUGGGAGAGGGAUUACCGGCGAGUAUACUGGAAGGACAACAGGGCCCUCUUUGCCUCGCUUCUCAAAGCUUCGCAGUGCCGACUGCAUGGACUGCUCGAGGGCAGCGCUCAGGGGGACGGCAAGGCCUGGCCACUGCCAGGCGGACGCCGGGCCACGGCUACUGCCGAUGCCUUUGGCCUUGGGAGUGUGCGGCCGCUAGAAGCGUACGAGGCCGCGGCUGGGGUUGACUUCAAGAACAAGAACCUGCAGGGGCGCGCUCUGCGAGGGGGUGGUGAUGCGCUGUCCGAAGUGCAUUUUCAAGAGCCUACCAUCCAGGCGUCGGAGAGUGUGGAGCUCUCAGGAGUGGCCGAAGAGCUGGGCUUCCUUUCAGGCCGCUGUGAAUGGCGCCCCGUCGUACGUGGCGCGCCUGGAUGGUGA